GAAGAAUCUGUUCGCUGAACUAUUGUAACGUACCCCCAUUUAGGAAACAGUGGUAUCUACUACCAUUGCAACAUGGUGUCUGAUGAAAGUUAGAGAACUCAUUGCACGAUGAUCUGUCAGCUCUAAGUAUAGAUUCUACUCAGGUAGACUAUAUAAGAGUUAACGUAAGACUCAGACCUUCAGAAUAGAGUCUUUGGAAGAAAAGUUUAACUUAAGACAAGCGUAAAGAAGCUAGAAAGAAGCUAAGAUGAAGAAGAGACAGGUGAUGAACUGUAUAUUCUCGGCCUGGUAUCCGAGGUUUGAACACCUGACGUUUCCCAGCGUGGUCCUCCCGCUACCGGAGCAGUUCGUCAGCUAUCUACUGGCCGACGGGAUCGUCCUACCCAACAGUGUCAGGGGCAAGAGCCACAAGUCCAGUUACAAGGCCCAUCCUGAUGAUGACUCUGAUGUGGAGGACCCUGAUUGGUCAGAUGAUGAUGAUGAUAAUGCUCCCACAGAUGCACCAGAGUUUCCUGAGUUGGAAGCUCAGAUUAAACAGGCUAUCACUCAUCUUGGUGGAAAGGUUUUCCCCAAGCUGAACUGGAGUGCCCCAAAAGACGCAUCGUGGAUUGCCAUGAACAACAGUCUACAGUGUACCAGUCCUGAGGACAUCUACUUACUACUGAAGAGUUCGGACUUUGUAACACAUGACCUCACACAACCCUUUGACAGAUGUGAAGAUGAGGACACGGAUGUUGACGUCCCUUAUGAACUGGUUCUACGCAGGUGGACCAACGUCCACCCAGGGAUGGAGUUCAGGUGUUUUGUCAAAAACGACCGUCUCAUAGCCAUCAGCCAACGCCACCAUUCCAACUUCUUCCCGUACAUCCACGACCAACACGACAGCAUCCAGGCAGAUAUUGUCGACUUCUACCACACAGACAUUGAAAAGAAGUUCCCAGAUCCUAGUUUUGUAUUUGAUGUGUACAGAAAGAAGGCUGGAAAGUUGCUGCUUGUGGACUUGAACCCAUUUUGUGAAGUUACAGACCCACUGUUGUUCACAUGGGACGAGCUCACGUCAGGCGAAACCCAAGGGGGGUCAAAUUCCACGGAGGGGGAAGGGGGUGAAGAAGGGGUAGUGUUUCGGUACAUUAAGAACGAAAUGGGAGUACAGCCAAACCCUCUGCACAGUUAUAGAGUGCCGGAGGAUAUCGCACAUCUAACCAGUGGGGAGGAUGCGUACAAGCUCAUAGACUUCCUGCAGAUGAAGUGUCAAUCACAGGAGGGGGAGGAGUCAUCUGGGAUGGAAACAUGAUGAUAGAUUGGAGCACAGUAAGUGUAGGCUCCAGUGUUCUAGCCAGCGUCCAUCUUUCUGUCAUUUGACAGAACUUUGUCACUCAUGACAUUAAAAAAUUUUGCCCAAUCCGUCAUCUUUGACAAAAAUCAGCGUGUAAAGAUAUGGGAAGAGAUGCAUUAAACUAAGCUUAGUCUAUCAACCAAAUUUGCGAUCAAACUUAUCAACAUGUACCUAGGUUUGGAUAUUAUACCCAGCAUGAUAACAUUUCACUGUGUUGUUGCUCAUCUUUCUUUUUUUUUUGCACAGAGAUGCGCUCAGUACAUAAACAAAUAUGUAUACUGCUCUAUUUUUUCUAAAGUUGAUUUUUCCUGUAGCCAUAGUAAAUGAUACAGUACCAAGUUUGAGAUUUACUCAGAUUCAUUUAAUUCUUACAUGAUAUUUACUUCUAUACAACAGCAGUUGUUGGCAAUUUUGGUAUAUGAAGGGAUGACAGUUGUACCACUAACGUGUAUGCCACCAUCUCUACAGCUAUUGUAUGUGUAUAUGUAUGCAUCUUUGCCCAGUUCUCAAAGAAUUAUUAACAUAAUAACAGCCCUUUGACAGUUAGUUACUUUGCAAACCUACAGAAUAAAUUAUUAUCAAUAAUGUUAGUAUAAUCAUCAUCUCUAUUACAGCAACACUUUUUGAAUUAUUUUAUAUUUUCUUGUAUUUACAGUUGCAUCAAUGCAGCUUCUCUAGCACUUUAUUUUCCAAAUCAUAAUUAUGCAUAAAACAUGCAUGAAAAGACUUUUAGUGGAACAUUUACAUUGUAUCAUAGCAUGGUUGUGACAUUGGCUGGGUGAAUUACAUACAUUAACAUUUCGUAAAGCACCAAAGCUCUUUGCAAUCAGCUAUUAGAACAGUCCCUAAAAACUCCAACCUUCUGUGUAGUGACAUUUGACCACAACUGCAUUUCCCUUUAUUUAGUCCAUAGUUAGCAGUAUUUUUGAAUGCCCUUCUUUUCAUGCGCUGAAACUGUACUUUUGUACCAGUACCUGCUUUCUUGCCCAACUUGAAAAUUAUACUUGCUUUAAAACACCACAAUACACAUAGAAGUAAAUGGUAAUUUAAGUGGUCCCAUAUACAUGUAGAACAAAGAUUUAUUUGUGUACAUUCGUGUAUUGCAGAAAUUCUAAGCACAAUAAAGAAAAGCAUCCCUACAUAUAUCGGUACAUAUACUGUUACAGUAAUGCUGAUGUAGGGUAAAUAAAAGUACCUUUAAUUAAUUGUUCAAACUACCUUACAUACAUAAUUGGUCCACAAGGUCUUUCCAAUCAUACACAACAUGCACACCAGUUGUGCAGCAGCGCACCCCAACUUCACUCAACAGUACUGCAGCCUCGCCAGCUGAAAAUAUGCUGAACUGUUCAAGUCAAGACUUUACAAGUCUCUGUGCUAUGAUAGACUAUUGCACACCUUUUACAUUACAAACGUCAAACAAAAAAACAAACAUGCGUCAUUUCUUUCUCGGACUACAGGCUGUUUUGUGAUGGUGAAAGAAAGGAGAAAGUGAGGUACCUAUAGUUGUCCAAUCUGUGCACAUAUAGAUAUAAAUUCUAUCACCUAUUAGUAAGAGUGGAACAUUUGGUUAUGAAAUCCAACUCGUGACAAUUUCUCAAUAGGUGACAACUAUGGAAACAUUGUACAUUUUACAUUGUAUUCUAAAAGUCAAAAUUUUCCUAAAUCCCUUACCUACAUUGCAUUUGAACUAUAUUUAAUUUUUCUAUAAAUUAUAAUAAAUCUUGAGGAUUUAAUGUGUUGUUUCUAGAUCUGUUAAGCAACAGUAUUUAAAAUCAUCACCUUCUAGAAAUGAAGAAUUUCUAUUUUGGAAACAUAUGGUACCCUAAAGUUAAGUUUCUGUAGUUAUGAUCAUUUUUGGAACUGCUUUUUUUUUUCAAACAUGUCGUCAGGAAGAAUGAAAUAUUGUAGAAGCUGUACGUAGGGUGUAAAAUAUGGUUCUUGUCUUGUUUGAAUGUCUCAAAGCUCUAUAAUAACCAUGCCUUACGGACAUACUGACUGUUGUAGUAUCAAGAUACAUUUGUAAGUAGGAAUCAACCUACAAACAGGUAUUUCUUUUUUCACAAUAGGAUGAACAACUACACAUUGGAGCCAUCAAAAUGCCCAAGGCACCCUAAGUUAAAGGUAGUGCAUUGUGUAAACUAGUUCAAUAUUUGUGGCAGUU